AUGUUGGGAAGCGUCAAAUUGGUCUGCUUGUUGGUUGUUGUUGGUGUCUCGGCGGAGCCAUGGGCAAACAAGAUGGUCGGGAAUACCAAGUUGAUCGACAUGUUCAGCUACAGAGCGCUUUGUGAGUUUCUUAAAAAAGAUCCGUAUCUCAAGGAUGCGAGAAUAUUUGCUUCUGACCUCAGCGACGCGAUUGGCGCAACGACAUUGCGCUCAUUAUUUUCCCGACAAACUGACAUCUUAUUGUUAGUUUGCCGUCUUUAGAUGCAACCUCUUGAAAAAACGCUCUUAUGCCACUUUUCAAUUCCAGUCAUGAUGCCCCAAUCGGUCAAGAACACUCUCAAGCAAUUCACCCUCAAGGACGUGCAAGAUCUCAAGAAGGUUGUUCAGCAACUUCCUCAAGCUACCAGCCUCCCAGCAGCCCUUCAGCUCGUCGAAACGAACAGUCCAAAGGUCCAUCAGCAAAUCAAGAGCUACAUACAAACCGCUCAAGAGAAAUUCGUGGCCAAGAAGAAGGAGCUGAGCCCCGAUGCCAUCAAGUUCUUUGAUGAUGUAAGUUUAUUGUUUCUUAUAACAAAUAUUAUAAAAUAUAUGAUAUUUACCCUGCCGAACCGCCAUCCUUUCAGCUCGAAAAUGUCAUGGCUGACUCGAUGAAGAAGAGUGCCAAAAUUAUCGCCAACAUCAACCCCAAGACCAAGGCCAGCAUCCUCAAAGCCUUCCCUCAUCUUGAAGAGGCCUUGAACACCCCCGCCGCCAAGAACGCUCUGCAAGACGCUCGUGUUGCCUUGGCUGUUUAA